AUGGGAUUCGGAGCCAGAUGGCGAAGCUGGAUAGGGGAAUGCAUCAGCUCUGCUAGAUUCUCAGUCCUGCUGAAUGGCUCUCCUUUUGGAUUCUUCAAAAGUUCAAGGGGCAUCCGUCAAGGGGGCCCUUUAUCUCCUUUCCUCUUCCUCAUAGUAGCUGAAGCGCUGUCUAGGAUGCUUCAAACAGGGCAGGAAGCAGGGAUUCUCAAGGGCAUAAGCAUCAAAGGUAUGGCUGAUCCCAUCUCACACGUCCAAUUCGCUGAUGAUACAUUGAUUCUCAUCGAGGCUACUCAAGAGAGGGUCAGCAAUCUUCUUACCAUCACCAACUGCUUUGAGGCAGUAUCCGGGCUGACAGUAAAUUUGGCUAAAUCUAAGCUUAUAGGGGUCAACAUGGAGGAAGAGGAGAUUAGAAGAUGGGCAGUCCUCCUCGGUUGUUCGUCGGCCUCCUUGCCAUCCACUUUCGUCAACCUCCCAUUGUGCUUGGGCAUCCCUCCAAAGUCCUCUUGGGACAGAGUAAUUUCCAGAUUCGACCACUUCCUCGCAAAGUGCAAAUCAAUUCUGAAGAUUAUCGACAGCAAGAGGCGUGAUUUUCUAUGGCACAAUAAGGGAGAGGAACAAAUUCCACCUGGUCGAAUGGAAAGCUGUUCAGUGGAAUGUCGGAGAAAUCUCCAAGACUGUGAGAUACAGGAAUUCGUGAACCUUCUAGAUUGCAUCCACAAGGCCUCUCCUCAUCCUUCUACGGAAGACAGUUUGAUAUGGACGAACUCCAAAUCCAGCAGAUUUUCUGUGAGAUCCUUCUACAGCCAGCUGGACCAAGUUCCUCCAAACCAUAUCUCUCACUGCAAGCAAAUAUGGAAAUAUUCGGUCCCGCCCAAGAUCAUCGCCUUUGGUUGGUUGGUUACGAAGAAAAGGAUUUUGACAGUCGAUAAUCUUAGGAAGAAAGGGAUGUGCUUAGUAAACAUUUGCUUGUCCUGUAUGAGGUCGGAAGAGUCAGUGGACCACCUAUUGCUCCACUGUCCUUUCAUAUCAUCCAUUUGGGACGAGUUCCACGCCUGCUUCGGUGUUAACUGGUGCUUCCCUGAUUUUGUUGCCUCUCUGUUUCACGCUUGGCAUGGGGCUAACUUAGUAAACAGCGGUCCAGGCUGUGGAGAAUGGCCCUUCUGGCAAUAUGGUGGUCUGUUUGGGAGGAAAGGAACGGCAGGUGCUUCAGGGACACCACUAAUUCUGCUCGCCUUAUAUCCUCUAGAGCUAAAAGUCUUAUUGUAG